CCUCUCCAGACUAGCUUGGCCGGGCGCAGCAGUGUGCACGCCCUGUGAUUGGUGCGGCAGGAUCAGGAGAACGGUCCCCGCCGCCGGGGGAUGGUCGCCCGGGUCCGCAGCUAGGCUGGCACCGCUCGCCCAAGGAACCCUGGGCUAGGCGUGUGAGAGCACGGGCGUCCGCCGUGGGCUGUGCGCGACGCUCGUGUUCCCUUUUGUGCCAGGUCUCCCCGGCAGGCGCGCGAUGCAGCGGGCGGCGGCCCUGGCCCGCAAGGGCUGCUGUCCCCGCACCGCGGGCGCCUGGGGCCGCCGUUGGAGCAGCGCGGCCGCCGAGGCCCCAGCCGUGCUCCGGGCGCGGCGCGGGCGCAUCCUCACCCCAGAGUCCAUGAACCCGCAGGUGCGCGCGGUGGAGUACGCCGUGCGGGGGCCCAUCGUGCUCAAGGCCGUCGAGAUAGAGCUCGAGCUGCAGCGGGGUAUCAAGAAACCAUUCACUGAGGUCAUUCGAGCCAACAUCGGGGAUGCCCAAGCCAUGGGCCAGCAGCCAAUCACCUUUCUCCGUCAGGUGAUGGCCCUGUGCACCUACCCAAACCUGUUGGACAGCCCCAGUUUCCCAGAAGAUGCUAAGAAAAGAGCCCGGCGGAUUCUACAGGCUUGUGGCGGAAACAGCCUAGGGUCAUACAGUGCCAGCCAAGGUGUCAACUGCAUCCGUGAAGAUGUGGCUGCCUACAUCACCAGGAGAGAUGGUGGCAUGCCGGCGGACCCAGACAACAUUUAUCUGACCACUGGAGCUAGUGAUGGCAUUUCUACAAUCCUGAAGAUCCUUGUCUCUGGGGGUGGCAAGUCUCGAACGGGUGUGAUGAUCCCCAUCCCACAGUAUCCCCUCUACUCAGCGGUCAUCUCGGAGCUCGAUGCCAUCCAGGUGAAUUACUACCUGGACGAGGAGAACUGCUGGGCCCUGAAUGUGCACGAACUCCGGCGGGCUGUGCGAGAGGCCAAAAACCACUGUGACCCCAAAGUGCUCUGCAUCAUCAACCCAGGGAACCCCACAGGCCAGGUACAAAGCAGAAAGUGCAUAGAAGAUGUGAUUCACUUUGCCUGGGAAGAGAAGCUCUUUCUCCUGGCUGAUGAGGUGUACCAGGACAACGUGUACUCUCCAGACUGCAGAUUCCACUCCUUUAAGAAGGUGCUUUAUGAGAUGGGACCUGAGUAUUCCAACAAUGUGGAACUUGCCUCCUUCCACUCUACCUCCAAGGGCUACAUGGGCGAAUGUGGCUACCGUGGAGGCUACAUGGAGGUGAUCAACCUGCACCCCGAGAUCAAGGGCCAGCUGGUGAAGCUGCUCUCAGUGCGUCUGUGCCCGCCUGUGUCUGGACAGGCCGCCAUGGACAUCGUCGUGAACCCUCCAGUGGCAGGGGAGGAGUCCUUCGAGCAGUUCCACAAGGAGAAGGAGUCCGUCCUGGGUAACCUGGCCACAAAAGCAAAGCUGACAGAAAACCUGUUUAACGAAGUCCCAGGAAUUCACUGCAACCCCUUGCAGGGCGCCAUGUAUGCCUUUCCUCGGAUCUUCAUUCCCACCAAGGCUGUGGAAGCAGCUCAGGCCCAUAAAAUGGCUCCAGACAUGUUUUACUGCAUGAAGCUCCUGGAGGAGACCGGCAUCUGCGUUGUGCCUGGCAGUGGCUUUGGGCAGAGGGAAGGCACUUACCACUUCAGAAUGACCAUCCUCCCUCCAGUGGAGAAGCUGAAGACAGUGCUCCAGAAGGUGAAGGACUUUCACAUAAAGUUCCUGGACAAGUACGCCUGAGGACUCCGCAGGCCGAGGGAUACCCCCACCUCGGGUUCCCUCCUUACACCACCCAGCAUCCCCCACUGACUGCCUCGGGCCUCAGGGAGGUCACUGCUCAUGGUCAUGUCAUUUUGCACAGGAGACUCCUUUGUGCCUUGAUGUUGGGAGCAAAUGUGAAUUCACAAUGUUUCAUAGGCCCUGGUUUUGCAGUGCACCAAAGUAGAGAGGAUUGCUCAGCAGAUGUGGCUGGAGUUCUCUGAAUCGUCUAUUGCUGCUGCUAGUUUUGAAAAGUUCUCUUUGGGCUUUAAACAACCAGGCCGUGUUGGAUGAGGUGUUUCAGACCUGGAGAGACAAGCAGGUGUUGGGAAAUGUGUGACUUAACCACAGUGAGAACUGGUAACAAUUCACCCUUAGUGGUGUGAAAACGUAGUCCUUCGAACAGUAGAGCCUGGAAUCCAUAGGGCCUCAGGAAGGGUCCGUCAUUGUGGCCUGGAUAAGAGCAGCCCAUCUCAGGCAAGAAUGAUGAGACACCUGGGUAGGACAGGAUGCUAGGUCAGGUUCUAGUGGCACCAGGGGCUGCAGCCAAGGUCAGAGGUCCCACAGGGAGGAUUGAGUGUGAGCCAGGGUGCAGGCCAAACCCGGUCUCCACUUCUGAGCAUCAUGGCAGAUAUGCGUGCAGAGCUUCAGAGAUGCAGGGUUCUCCUGAACAUGCUUAGGCUGAGGCCUUGGUAUGAGAGAUCUCCUUGGACUUCAGGGGCCCAGGUUACAGCCUAGCCAUAUCCCAGUUAUAUGGAGGGGUUCUGCCUGGUGGCCUAUGGAUCAUCCUCCUGGUUACCCAGUGGGAGUUUUCUCUCCAGUACUUGACUGAGCCAUUACAUUGCCCCUUGCUGGUGGCCGCAGGGAUGAAGCAAGACUGAAACCACCCUCAGCUGUGGGGGGAUCCUUAUGGAGUUGACCAACUAAGAGCCUAGCCUCUGUAGUUUCAUAAAAUGUUUCAAACUGAAUUUGAUCCAUUUCAUAACUGGUAAUUGAUCAGAGUUCCUGGUAGUCAGGCUCCAGUGGAAGAGUGAAUGCAGUCAGAUUCAACAUUUACUGGUGUUUUGACUUCAUGCAAAGUGUUCUCCCUUUGUAUUUGCUCCUGCCUCCCCUCCUGGCUCUGUACACGAUGUGAGAUGGCCAUGGUCAUUUUCUCCAGGAAGGAGGACAGUGUUCACAAAUAUGCAGCUUCCCUGCAAAAGCAAACCUGCCACCCAGCCACAGGCCCAGAAGCCAGUGUUGCAGGCAGCAGCAGGCCUUGUACUCUGUCCUUAUCACCAGUAGCCUGGACCCCCUCAUUGUCUGCCUUCACCAAUGGGAAGUGAAGGAAGCUGUGACCAGCUCAGGCAUCUGGGGACCCAGCAGUUCCCAAAGUGGAACUGAAGGAGCUAGAGAGCAAUCUGAAGAGACAAAGGAGGGACGUUGGAAAGCAGCUUCCUGUGCUGAUUUCCACUCUGGGUCCGUGCGGGGAAACACACUCAAACUUCAAACUGUCCUUACUAGCAUUACUGUCCCUGUGAGAAAAGCAGCCACAAUCUCAAAUAACAAAAGAGAAUGUUUUGGAACUUUUCCUUGCUUACAAAAUUGAAAGACGUGUGCUUGUGCUUUCUGUACGGUAUAUAAACCAGGAUGUGUCCCACAGUCAUGAGAUUUCUGGUGGGAAGGUUAAAUAGUACAAGCUAGUAUAUUUUUUAUAUUUUUGUAACAAUUGCUUUUUCAUGAGGGAAUAGGGUUAGUAUUUAUAGUCUUAACAAGUCCAGUAAUUUUUAUAAGCCUCUUCAGAUUAUAAAUAACCCCUAAAAACUUUGCAACGUUUACAUGAUUUUUUAAGAGAUGCUAUAUACACUUGGUUUGCUUUUAAAAUAAAGUAAUAAUGUCAGCUAGUUGGGAGGUUAACCUAAGGUCGGAAUGCCAAUCAUGACAGAUUUGAUUUUCUGCAGAUUCUGUUACAAUGCCUUUCCUCUUCUAGCAUCACCACAGAAAGUUGCCUGUGGGUGUCUCACCUUAAGGCCACACUUGUGUGCUUUCUGCUGUUUAGCCUUCACAUGUGGGUGGUGCCAGGGAGUCUGUGCCUCACUGCCUGGUCAAUCCCUCACCACACACCUUCAGGCCACGCUGCUCAUUUUCAUUCUGAUGUCUUAGGUGCUCAGGAAGAGCAAACACAAACUGCCCUGGGCUGUUCUCCAGUCUGGGUUCUCACAGGCAUCUCCUGACAAAGGUAUAGCUGGAUGAUAGCUCUGCUGGAAAUUUUUAAACAAUAAAAUAUGUGUCCCAAAUGA